CCUCCAUCUCCAACAUCCACCGCGAACUGGGGCCGCCUUUCCACACUAUUGGAUUUUAUGCGUUUUGCUGCUGGAAAGAUGGUGAAUACCGACGAACCAUGGAGAAUGGCCAGAUUCCAGGGUCCCCCCUUGCGCCCGUCGUUCCAGGCUUGGCCCCCUCAUGGCUACUGGGGCAAGGAAGCGAACUGUCCUUCUCCAUCUUCCGGGGCUAUUACUCAAUGGCGGUCAUCCUACUGAGCUUCGGUGGCGGUGAGGCUGGGCAAAGUCUGUCACCAGCUCCAUUCAUCGAACGCUCAGCCCGGCCAGAGAGCUGUUUUAUCGACGGAGCUACUUCUCAAACAGGACUCUUUGCAGUGCGUGAUGCGUGAUGAUACGAGCUAGGCUGCCAUGGUGCCGGCUUCUGCUCGUUGUUUGUUUCCGAAUAGAUUCCCGCCUUACCAAGCAACUCAGCAAAGCCUCUCGGAGCCUUCGCUGUGACAUAUCCCGACCUGAAAACAACAGACGUGCGUACCUGAAUGGAAUCUACAUGUGAUACAAGAGCCUGAUUGAUAGCGUCUUGACAAUGUUGCAUCCGAGAUUCGCCUCUGUCAACUACUGUAGGGGAAGUGGCUGUGGCCGCAGACACCUCCAACGUACUAAUACAGUUCGGCGAUACGCUGCAUACAUCAGGCACCUGCAUAUAUGCGCUAUUCUAUACCCAUCCCACGUUCUGCCCUGGCAGCUCCAGCAGGCAUAAAGCAUGUCAGGCAUCAUCAGGCUAGUUCAUACUGGUCUGGUGUCAGGAUUUGCGGCCAGUGCUACGCUCCUCGACAGAACCCACCUAUACAAGCUCCACGCUCAUUUUAAUGCUUCAUGGUCAUGGUCAAUUUUUCCCACAGAUCUACCAUAUUGAUAUUCAGUGAUUAUGGGGCUAUGGAUGCUAAAAUAAUCCAUCUGCAAGCUUGUACUAUAAGGGGGCAAGGCAUUACAAUGACAGGUACAACGGGCAAUGUAUACAAUGGAAGCUCAGCAAGCAAAUAUAGCACUGCACCAUGGCCGACAAGAGUAGACGGAAAAAUAUUACAAAGUAGGUUUGAGCAUAUAUUUGGUGACCAAAUAUGAACAAUGGCGUAGUUUAGGUUUCGUUGCCGAGAAGCGCCACCAACUGGGAUUUCGUCCGCCAUGUCGAUUGCCACAAGAGCGGCACUACUGUCUCCCAAACAAAGCCCCAGCCCUCAAGUUAUGCCGGGGCCAGCAAUGACCACAUGGCGCGUGGCCCCUAACCGCUGUACUGGAAGCCUGAAGUGAAAACGCACCACGGCUGUGGCUCAAUGGGCUCAGUUCAACUGAGGGCUUUAGCUUUCGGGGCGAUACCACGUAUCGGUAGACCAAAACACCAGGCACGUAACAAAUUGGUCUAGGCGGGCAGGUAUAUCGAACGAGAGAAAGAAAUUAGCUGCAGGACACGGAGUCUAAAGCAUCUAGCAUCCUGCCAAUGCUACCAUUGACGGACGACAUGCGCCAGGCUGGUUGCUUUGUCUAGCCUUCUCGAAGCAGCAGGAGGUCGAGGCGGCACCUGGGGCUGGAAGAGAAACGCCGAAUUGCCAGAUUUGGCUGCAGGCCCAGGCCAUGGCGACCUCUAACUCGCUCGCAGCAUGGCCCUAAACCCAUCUUGGAAGUGUGCGCCGGUGCUACUCGUCACGGACCACCUGCAAGACAGCUCCGCACAAAGCGGCGGCUUACCACUGUCCACUCUGGCCCAGAGCCUUGGCCCCCGGUGAAUGUUGCGCCGCCUCUUGACAAAGCCCUCCUUACCUAUUCGUUUCUUGCCUGCAACAGACUCCACCAAUGCUCCUCUGAUGUAUUUGUUGGCGCUCCUAGAGUGGAGAUCGGUGGACUAUCCAUGUCAACGCGGGGAACGUGUGAUGGGCUUUUUCUUAUGCCGGCGGGCUAGGGUUGUAACAACAUGAGAACUCGGGCCCUCUUCUCUUAGUAUAUGACCGCUGUCUAGCCUCACGAUGUCCCUACUUCUAUAUAAGAGUCCAUCUCCCUCCAACCUCAUACACCCAACUUCCCUAUCACCAUCGGUACAGCCAUAGUUCAAUCCCCUACUGUCAAUUCCUUUCUACAUCUUCUUUUCUGUUAAGCCAUCCGCGAUGUUGGUCGCCUCUGUCCUCUCUCUGGCCGCAGUUGCCGCUGCUGGACCUCUCAACGUCCUUGAGAAGUACUCCGAGACACUCUCUCUCCAGGCUAGAGACUCUAUCAGCCAGGGCGAUUUCAACAACUUCAAGUUCUACGUCGAGCAUGCUUCUGCUGCUUAUUGCAACCCCGAUGUUAUCCCAGGCGCCUCCAUCGCUUGCUCUGGACAAUGUAAUACUGUUCAACGCAACGGUGUAAAAGCUAUUGACUCUGUCCAGGGUUCUGCUACUGGCAUUGCUGCCUAUAUUGCCAGAGACGAUGUUCGCCGUGAGAUCGUUGUCUCUGUCCGUGGUAGCAACAACAUCCGCAACUUCAUCACUGAUGUGAUUUUCAAGAAGCAGAGCUGCGACUUGGUCACAGACUGCCUGCUUCACACCGGCUUUGCUACUGCUUGGGGUGAAAUCAAGGACACUGUUUACAGUGCCAUCCAUGAGGGUCUGACGCUUUACAAAGACUACCGUGUCGUUCUCACUGGCCACUCCCUUGGUGGUGCCGUCGCCAUUCUUGGCGGUGCUUACCUCCGCAGAGACGGCCAGCCGGUCGAUGUCUACACAUACGGCGCUCCCCGUGUUGGCAACGACGCCUUUGCGAACUUUGCCUCUAACCAGGCCGGCACCUCCUUCCGUAUCACCCACACCGUCGACCCUGUCCCCCGUCUCCCUCCCAUUAUCUUCGGCUUCCGUCACACCACCCCCGAGGUCUGGCUGUCCAACGGCAAGGACAACAACCAGAACUUCAAGAUUAGCGAUCUCAAGCUCUGCCCUGGUAUCGCCAACACCAAGUGCAACGCUGGUACCUUUGGCCUUGACAUCAUUGCUCACCUCCACUACAUGUCCGACACUGCUGGUUGUGCUCCCUUCCCUCCCAAGUGGAAGCGUGAGACAGAUCAGGAGGUUGAAGCCCGUCUCAACGACUGGAGCAAGAAGGAUCAGGCCUAUACGGCUUAGAAAAUACAUCACAGCGAAAUUGAAACGAGCCGACGCGUACUCUUCUCACUAGAGACCGAAACCGACACCUACCAAACACGUUAACACGGCCGAUAACGAACAAAUUAUGAAAGAAAUGAGGAGGACAUUGCAUCUUGGGGCGAAUGCGCUUGCUUGAAAUUGAACCGUGCUUCACGCGGUACUGUACAUAGUAUUUAAGCUUGCAGUAUAUAGCUGGGGACUGCACAUAUCCAGCAAUUGUACAUAUAUACACCAUAUUUAUUCAGAGCACAUAUGCUAAAUUGAAAACAAUAAAGAAAAUUACAAAGACAGAAUUCGCUGAUAUAGAGCGUGGUGACAUUGAAGGAGUUUGUCUACUUCUCAUAAAGCUGUGUUUCACAUCCCGGCCAACACACCAUCCCAGCAUCUAGCGUACUUUGGCCUGCCAAAACGACGGUGAAACGAGAACCUGCAGCUAGUCCAUACCCUCUGUGAUCAUGCCUUGAGCAUUCGGUACGCCAACUAAGAUAACCCCGCGAGGCACUCGCACGUCUUUAACCUUCAUGCAACCAAACACAUUGACCUCUCGGAUGCUUGGGCAAGCUCUGAAUAUGCAGCCCAGGAUAAAGUCGGUCACUUCUUCACAGAAGCUGAUUUCAAGAUUCUUCAGUUCUGGAAAGUGAGCGGUUUCAGAGAACACUUCCUCAAAAGCUUGACGACUAAUAUUCCGGCAUGCGUGGAUAUUGAGCGUCUGCAGCUUUUGGCCAGAGUGUGCCAUUAAUGCUUUAAACGCUUCGCCGCAGAAUCCAACAUUGUUCGGGUUCUCACGUGGUCGAGCUGCAUCGACAUGCCUACACUUUUGCAGGUCGAUAAACUGAAGAGGUGGAUUUUCCCAGUUCGUGAAUAGUUGAGCGAACCCGGAGUCUGUCAUGUGCUCGCUCUCUGUAAUUCGCAGCUUUGUAAGCACUUUGCAUUCAUUGUGAAUGAUCUUCAAAAGUCCGUCGUCCGCAUCAGGGAACUCUUUGAAGGACAAGGUUUUCAAGGAGCUACCGAUUCCAGAAAUACAAGACUCCAGCGAUGCUGAUUCCACUGGAUUCUGGAGCUUCAGACCUAUACCUUCAAGUCCCCUCAGCUUGCCAAUGCUUUUCACACCCUCAUCAGUAAGCUUUUGAUUGCUCUCAAUCUUAAGGCGCUUAAGAUUAGGGCAGCAUCGCUGGAUUUCAAGAAUUGUCUCAUCUCCAAAGUGCAAAUCCGUAUAGUAGACUUGCAGCCUGUUCAGAGUGCGCCCGUUCGCUUGUAAGAAAGCAUGCCACUUUUCCUCGCUCAACAGAUUAGCUCCAUCAAGAUAGAAAGAGUUCAGGGUGUUAUUCCUCGACAAAACGUAGUCCAUAACAGUAUCUUUGAACUGGAUGGCAGACCUGGCUUUGAAAUGCUUCAAGUUGGCAGCAACCUGGAAGAUACUGACAAAUUCUUGUUCGCCAAGCUUUGCGCCGUCGUAUAUGGAGAUGGUUUCAGUUCCUGGUUGUGCAAAUAGUGGCAAGGUUUCUGGCUUCAAAAGACGCCUCUUUGAGAAUAUGCGGGCAAUUUUGUCAACAAGAUGGUCAGGGAGAUCGCCCAAGCUCUCAGCCAUGUCGACAUUUUUAGCCAAUGUUUGGACACAGAGUGUUGCCAGACUUUUGCCUCCAAUAUCGCCAUCUAGAAUACGGCUUUGUGCAGUUCUUCUAGAUCCAAUACCUCCUGUCUGUUUUCUUGGUUUCUUUUUAGGCUGCUGUCCUUGCCGUUGUUUCGCAGCCUCUCUCCCACAGGGAGAACAGAGCAGUCCUCCACUGGGUCCUGCGACGGAGUAUGGCGUUACAGUAAACCGUUUUCCACAUAUUUCGCAGUUUUCCAUCUGUCCGGGAAGAGGCGCCGUUCUCUCUUCAAAGAUGGCGCGCGCAAUCUCAUCGUCGUCGAAGUCUUCGUCAUUGUCCUUCUUUCGCUUCUUGAACGCCUUGCUUGCCUUAAUCUUUUCAAUGGCUUUAAGCUCUGCCUCUUUCUUUUGCUUCUUUGCCAAAUCUUUGUUCCGGCGAGCACCAGCAGUACUUGACUCUGCUACCACUAGCUCUGGCUCAUCAUCUUCGUCUUCAUCUGCCAAGGCAGCUUGUCUUCUACGUGCUUCAGCCUCAUCUCUGAUCUGUCGUGCUGAGAUGUUAUGAGACUAAAGAUUUAUAGUUAGAAAGUGCAACUCAGGGGGACAUUGUAUCUAAUACUAACAGCAAGGAAGUCAGUAAGAGCCGAUUGUCU